GACAUCACCGCCGUCCUCGAUCUCCGCUCCGCCGUCGUCGCCAGAAACACACCAAUACCUACAUAUCGACUUCACCACCACACCGCCAGCGCAAUGUCUGUCGACCUCCACCCACCUGAGCUCGGCUUCCGACGCCCAUUCACGCACGAAGUCAGCCAAGUUCUGCGCCUACACAACCCGAACUCGGAACCAGUCGCGUUCAAGGUCAAGACCACUGCUCCUAAGCAAUACUGCGUGCGCCCCAACUCCGGCCGCAUCGAGCCCAACAGCGAUGUCGAGGUCCAAGUUCUCCUCCAAGCGAUGAAGGAGGAUCCUCCAGCAGACGCUCGAUGCCGCGACAAGUUCCUCGUUCAAUCCGUCGCCAUCGGUGCCGCCGCGGCCGAGAGCUCUGCCAACGUAGCCCAAAUCUGGUCCAACAUCGAGCAAACCGCCAAAUCCUCCAUCCAAGAGAAGAAGAUCCGCGUCAGCUUCCUCCCCGCCGAUGGCUCCAAUCCAGCCUCAAACGGCCUCGCCGCAUCUCACCACGAAGACGAAAGCCCGCCAUCCUACUCCUCCCCAGCUCCACCUGCACUUGGCGCUCUCAGCACCCCGCAAAAACAGACCACCGACUCCUCCGCUCGCAGUCCCGAAGCUCCAUCCACCGCGAAAUCUACCCUCGUCAACACCGUUGCAAACGUCACUGGAUACUCGCAGAAAGAGCUGGAGCAGCAGUUGGAGGAAGCCAAGACCACCAUCUCCCGCCUUCAGCAACAGGCUACGGAUGGUCUGCGGCAGAGAAAGACGGGCGGCAGCGGCAGCACGGAUACAGCUAAGGGCAUUCCAGCGAGUCUGCAGACUGGCUCUCCUCCAGGCGGUGUCUCUGUGCAGAUUGUGGCUCUGCUGUGUUUCUUGAGCUUUUUGAUCGCGUACCUGUUCUUCUAG